UCCUAUUUCCAGUCAUCUGUCAUCAACAUAUCAAUGUCAAAAUAUCAACAAAAUAAUGAAUGAAAAAAAAUUCAAGUUACAACAAAAUACAGAUAUAUAAUUUUAAUUGAGUCGGAUAUAAAUGGUAUAAUUGAGUCGGAUGCUCUUUCAAUCUGCACUUCUGCACAUGAUGAUUGGCUAGUCGUCAUUUCGAAUGAUAUGAAACCCAUUUUAUAAAUAUUUGAAUUUGUAUCCAAGGAGUUGGCCGAACAAACAAAAAAUAAAAAGCCUUAUUGUAUAGUUUAUUUUCUUAGUAAUCUUAGCUGAAAUGACAACACGACCUCAAUUCGUUGAGAAUGAAGGAAGCUAUUAUUAUUAUAGUACUCCAAUAAACCCUACACCUGCUAUAGAUUUAGCUCAUUCUGUGAGUGUGAAUACAGUGCCAUCACUACAACAUGAAUAUUUGCUUAGUGAUGCAUUGUGUAGGGGUUAUAGAUUUGAAGGAAAAAUAUCUAGUGUGCGGAGGUUUUUUUGUUUAUUUGCAACAUUUGAUGUUCUCUUUAUUGGACUUAUGUGGUUGAUAUGUGCCAUGCUACAAGGGGAGAACAUUUGGCAGGCCUUGGACUCCCAAAUAAAUCAUUACAACAUAAAAACCUCCUUUUUUGAUAUACUCUUUCUAGCAAUCUGUCGAUUCAUUUUACUUGGGUUCUUUUAUGGUAUUCUGCAAAUAAACCAUUGGAUAAUAAUUUUUGUUACAACAGCUGCUACUAGUGCAUUCUGCAUUGUUAAGGUUUUUUUUUACAAUUGGCAACAAACACCUCAACCUGUAUUUGAAGUUCUUUCAAUAUUAGUAUCAUUCAUACUAGCAUGGGGAGAAGCUUGGUUUUUUGAUUAUAGAGUGAUUCCACAGGAGUCUUACGCUAAUCAGAUAAUUGUUAAUACAACCAAUGAGAGAUCACCUUUAAUUCAACAUUAUCUGAGAGGGGCUGCACCUUCCAGGUACACAGAGAGUAUUGAAAACUUCCAUUCCCCAAUGAAUACUCCAGAGGGAUCACUGUAUAGGUUUGGCCUAGAGGAUAACCCUGUUCUAGGGAGGUUUCUACCAUCUGUUCUAACUAGGAAUGAGAUGAGUCAAUAUGAAAUAGCCGCUAGGGAUUUGAUGGAAGAGUCGAAGGAGAUGCUACGAUCUGAAAGAUGGACAGCGGAAAGAGAAACGGACGAUAUAGUUGCUUAUUCCAUGUGUUUACCAAGUGGUCAUACCAUUUUCAAAAUUUCAGCCAUUUUUAACACUAGCCCUAGAAAUAUGCUCACCGAAUUGUAUCAUGAAGUAGAAAAUAUUCCUAAUUGGAAUCCCGCCUUAUUAGAAGCCCAAAGGAUACAGAUAAUCGAUGAUCAAACUGAUAUAAUAUAUCAGUUAGCUGCUGCAGGUGCAGGAGGUUUAGUUUCAAGCAGAGAUUUUGUUAGUUUGAGACGUUGGGUGCAAUUAGAUGAAUCUUUUUUGUUAGCUACCAAAUAUACACAACAUCCAAACGUGCCUAAAACAAGUAAAUAUGUCAGGGGUGAAAAUGUUUCCUGUUUCUUACUAGAGCAAGGAGAAAAUCAGAACCAAUGUAGAAAAACUUUCAUAUUAAAUACAAACUUGAAAGGUUGGAUACCUCAGACCGUUGUUAAUUUAGCUCUUGUUGAUACACUUUUCAGCUACAUGAAAUGCCUGAAAAUGCAUAUACUGAAAAAAUAUCCAUCAGAGUGAAGAGAAAUAACAAGAGAUAAUAUUAUUGUGAUAUAAUACUGAAGCUGUUUUGAAUUUGAAUUUUUUAUAUUGUUUUGUAUUCUGACAAAUUUAACUUUAAAAUAGUUUCUUACAUGAAAAGAAUCAAACAUGGUAAGAAGAUGUACUAAGUUGGGAACGAUAUUGCUGUCGUAUCACAACAUAAUUAUGGAUCAACAGAAGAAGUAUUUACUAAGAUGUAUUAUACGGAGAGCAUAUGUAUUGUUAGAAAAAUGAUGGAUAUUUCAACAAAUAAUUAGUUGAAUUGGGUUGUUGGUGAACUUUUGUGACAUAUCUCAUUUUAGAAAGAGGCUUUGAUUUGAGUAUCCUUAUCUAGAUUUUUUGUCAUCAGGAAGAUCUUGAUGAUAUUGAAUAGCUAUUUGAUUAAUCAUCCUUCGAAUAUGAUUAACAUUCUAUAGCUACAAUUAUUAUUGAACAGUAAAUGAUCUCAAACUGAUUUGGGAAAUGUAUUAAUGUAUGUGAAUUGAAUAACCAUUUCAAUUGUUCGAAUUCAUCGCUCUCGAUACUUAUAUAAAAUCUGAUAUGAAAUGUAUUUCUAUUUUUAUACGUCGCAACCAUUUUUUUGUAAUAAUUUAAUUUGUACAAAUUAGCAUUUAAAUAUACUUAUAUUUUGAUUAA